AGGCGUGAGCGUGGUGUCACAAACGAUAGGAAAGAGAGCAGAGGAAGAAGGGAACCCACGGCACCACCAAAAGCGAGGAAGCGAGGCGGCGGCCACCUGACCUUCUCCUCGCUCCCAUGGCUUCCUCGCCGCCGGCCUCCGACGACGACCGCUACGAAGAUGACCUGUGGGAGCAGCGGACGCACGCCAGGAUCCUGGUCUCCGACUCCGAGGCCGGCGGCAUCAUCGGCAGGGGCGGCUCCGCCGUCACCGCCCUCAAGUCCACCUCCGGGGCGCUCGUCAAGGUCUCCCGCCGCGGCCAGCUCCUCCCCGGUACCGGCCGCAGGGUCCUCCUCGUCUCCGGCCUCUUCCACCAGGUCAUGGACGCCGCCGAGAUCAUACUCCAGAAAAUCCUCUACCAGGGUGGCCAGGUGAUCGACGAGCGGGCCACCGUCGUGCUCGUGGUGCCCGACGCGUGCUGCGGCGUGCUCAUUGGCAAAGGAGGAACGAACAUCAAGUCACUGGCUGAAGCAUCAAAUGCUGGAAUUGUGAUCUCACGGCACGACAAACACUAUGGUCUUCAAGAUAGGUUGGUUACAAUCACAGGAAACUUGGACAACCAGCUGCAGGCGAUAUUCUUGAUACUUUCUGAGUUGCUGGAGGACGAUCGCUACUCACGUAUCUAUGCAGGCGCUCUCUUUCUUGGGUGUGAAGACUAUGGGCCAGAUGAGCAUGUCGAAAGAUACCACAGCAGGUCGAACACGCCCAUCAGAUCACCUGAUAACAAUGAUGAUGCCUGUGAGUCUCUCACCAUUGCUAUUGCCGACGAGCAUAUUGGUGCUGUCAUUGGUUGUGGUGGGAGGAAAAUAAGGGAGAUCAUACAGUUCACCGGCGCAUGGAUCAGGACUUCGGCGAAGGGUGAGUUCAUAGCUGGGACUACUGACAGGGAGGUGGUGAUCAGUGGGACACGGGAAGCGAUCAACACCGCAGAGGGGAUGAUCAUGCACGUGGUCUCAGCUGCUCGUAGCCGGAGCAAUGGCAGCGCCGAGAGGCCGCCUCUCAAGCCGGAUACCACACCUCAACAAGAGGAGCAGAGUAAUACAAGUGACUUGCAGUGAGACAGCUUUUUUUGGCGCUCCUAGAAAGAGUAAGUACGAUUUGGGAGGAGAAGGCAUGGUGCACUUAGGAUUUACUCACUGAUGGAUAGUUUUUGUUCAUCGACGUCGUUGGUUCGGUGUUUGGUGGCCUGGUACUGGUAUGCACUGAUAAGCUCUGAUGUUUCUUCUGUGGCUGCGAAGUAAGAAAGGAUCAAAUCCUUUGGAAGUUACUAGUGGUAAUAUCUUAAUAUACCGUUGGUUCUGUUUC